CGUCGGAAACCCAAACUAACCAUUACUACUGGUUUGCCUAAUUUGCCAUCGUGUGCUGCAUUCGUGGCGGUUUUCCAGUUUUCCUCGCUGCGCGCCUGUCCGCUCGCUCGAUGUUGAGAGUUACCGUAUAACCGAUCGACCCUUCAUUUGCCGUAUCAUAAUAAAUAUUACGAGAUGCUGGCCUUCUGUGAUAAUCGCAACAUAAAGCUCGUUGCUCUCGGCAGCCUCCUGAUAUUCAUUCAGUGUACGGGCGUGAGCGGAGGUGCAACAUCUCUUACGCAAGAAAAUAUUUUCUCGACGUUCGCCUCCAAUGAACUAGUAUUUAUCAAUUUUUAUGCAGAAUGGUGUCGUUUUAGUAAUUUACUGCAACCUAUUUUUGAUGAAGCAGCGGAUAAAGUUAGAGAAGCUUUUCCAGAAUCUGACAAAGUGGCUAUGGUAAAGGUAGAUUGUGAUAAAGAAUCAUCUGUUGCAUCAAGGUUUCAUAUAACGAAAUAUCCGACUCUUAAGGUUAUAAGGAAUGGCCAGCCUUCCAAAAGAGAAUAUAGAGGUCAGCGAUCCGUUGAAGCAUUCGUUGAAUUUAUUAAGAAGCAACUCGAAGAUCCAAUUAAGGAGUUCCAAGAUUUGAAAGAACUUCAGAAUCUGGACGAUAAGAAGAGAAUGAUAAUUGGCUAUUUUGAUAAAAAAGAUGUAGCGGAGUAUGAAUUAUUUAGACGUGUCGCUGGCAAUUUAAAGGAAGACUGUCAGUUCCACGUUGGCUUUGGCACGUGUUCUAAAGAAAAUUGUGAUAUUGGACAGCAUUUUCGUUUGCUGAAUGUUAGCAUGGCAAUGCAUCCUCCUGGACAACCGAUAAUAGUAUUUCGAUCCGACAAAGCUUUAUCAAACGAUGAAGAUGAAACCUACGAAGGUAGCUUAAGUAGUUACGAUGAAUUAAAUAUCUGGGCUCAAGAGAAGUGUGUGCCAUUAGUUAGGGAAAUUACGUUUGAAAAUGCAGAAGAGCUUACCGAAGAAGGCUUACCGUUUCUUAUUCUAUUUCAUGAUCCUAGCGAUUCUGAAAGUAUAAAACAAUAUAAGGACAUUGUUACAACUACCCUAAUCGAUGAAAGACAAAACGUUAAUUUCUUAACUGCCGAUGGACACAAAUUCGCCCAUCCUCUACAUCAUUUGGGCAAAAACACAUCUGAUUUGCCAUUAAUAGCAAUCGAUAGUUUCCGUCACAUGUAUUUAUUUUCGGAUUUCAAGCAUAUUUUUAUACCUGGUAAAUUGAAGUCUUUCCUGCAAGAUCUUUAUUCUGGCAAAUUACAUAAAGAAUUUCACUAUGGGCCUAGUUAUAAUGAUGUACCCCAAUUGGACUCGGUACCAGUAAAAGUUCCAACGUCACCACCGGAGUCUACAUUUAAAAAAUUGGCCCCCAGUAAAAACAGAUACACAUUGCUACGAGACGAAUUGUAAACAUGUUUGUAUUGAGAAAACUAAUUAAUAAUAUUUACAAAGAGAUGUAUCUCAGUGUUGGAGAUCUUAGUUCCGUGCAUCUGAAAACGAACAUUUUCAAUUGCAUCUACUUAUUUUUUAUCAAGAAAAGUGGAUGAAACUAUGAAUGGAAAACUAUAUAAAAUACUCUGGAUACAGUUUUAAAAACUUCCAACCAGUGGCAAAAAUGAUAUGAAAAUUGCGUAAGCCAGUUACGAGUAAUUGUAAGCCAGUGUUUUAUUAGAAUUAUUUUCUUUGUAACGCUUUUAAAAGCGUUUCAUUUUUAUUUUGAUGUAAACAUAGAAAUUUACUAGCUCAAAUGUAUGCGUGAAAUUGUGUGCUUGAAAUGAAUGAGUAAAGAGAGAUAGAUUUUAACGCGUUUGUUAGCAUGCAUGUCAAUAAAUUUGAUAAAAACUGAAUAACAUUUACAAGUUUAUA